CUCAUGUCUCAAACCAUCUUGGUACAUCCAUAAAUCUGGUCUCAAAUCACGCAUAGCUUCUCAUAAAUCAAAAUGAUUGUUCACUCUAAAUUCGCACAAAGAUCUUCAUCUUCUUUUGAAUUUGAAGAAGGAUCUUCAUCUUCCUCGGAACUUCUAGAAGGACCUUCAUCUACUUCAUCGACUCCUGGUCAUACAUAUGACGUAUUUUUAAGUUUUAGAGGUGAGGACACUCGUCAUAGUUUCACCGAUCACCUUCAUAAGUCCCUCAAAGCUAACUUAAUCGAAACCUUCUUGGACGAUGAAAAAAUUGAAACCGGGGAAGAUCUGAAGCCGGAAUUGGAGACGGCGAUUAAAGCAUCUAGGGCUUCUGUUAUCGUGUUGUCCAACAAUUACGCCACUUCCACAUGGUGCCUUAAUGAAUUGGUAUUGAUUCUUCAGCAACGUAAGACAUCCAGACAUAUCGUUUUCCCCAUCUUUUAUCAUGUCGCGCCCACAUAUAUCAAGAAGCAAGAAGAAAGCUUCGGAGUUGCAAUGGCUAAGCAUAAACAGAAGAUGGAGGCAGAGACCGAUGCAACUAAAAGAAGUGAAUUUGCUCAAAAGAUCAACCUGUGGAAGGAAGCGCUUACACAAGUUGCUGGAUUAAAGGGGGAGCAUUUAAACGGCAGCCGGGGAGAGACGGAGUUUAUUGAAGAACUUAUAAAAGACAUCUCCAGUAGAUUACGCAUAACCUCAAGGAGUGUUCUUCCACAGCUUAUUGGAAGGGACAAUUCCAAGAAAUUUGUCACUUCAUGGUUGAAAGAUGCUGCAUCUUCACAUACAGCAGACAUACUCACUAUUUCAGGUAUGGCUGGGAUUGGGAAGACGACUUUGGCCAAAUAUGUCCAUGCAUUUCAUUCUCAUGAAUUUGACUCAAGCAGCUUUAUUGAAGAUAUCAGUGGCAAAUGUCAUAACCAAUAUAAUGGGUUGCUUAAUUUACAAAAACAACUUUGUGAUGACAUUUCAAAACCAAAUUCAAUUCAAGUUCAUGAUGCUUCAAGAUAUACCUCACAGAUAGAGAAAGCAGUAGCCUGUAAAAAGGUGUUUCUAGUUCUUGAUAACAUUGAUCAUCUUGACCAGUUGGAUGCAUUACUUGGAAGCAAAGCUUUUCAUCUAGGAAGCAAAAUUAUAGUAACAACAGAGUACAAAUGGCUGACAAAGAGUUGUGCACUAUUCAAGAUGAAUAUCAACUCCAAGCAUAAAACACUCUUGCUUCAAGGCUUACAUGAGACUGCAUCACAACAAUUUUGUGUUAUCAUGCAUUCAUGUCCUACAAUCCCAAGGAAGGUUAUGAAAAGGUUUCAGAAACGAUUGUGAAUUAUUGUCAAGGAAAUCCAAUGGCUCUUAAAGUUUUGGGUAAGUCUCUACAUGACCAAAAUGUAGCUUAUUGGAAGGGGCGCAUACAAGGGCUAAUGAAAGAAAAGGAUUAUCCUUUAAAUAAUGUAUUGAGAAUGAGUUUCAAGUCUUUGCCAUACGAUGAUGAUAGGGAAUUGUUUAAGCAUAUUGCUUGUUUUUUUGUUGGAAUGGAUAGAUAUGUUACUGAAACAAUAGUAAAUGCAUGUGGUAUAAACACAGAUAUUGCAUUCAAGGAUCUCAUCGAUAGAUGCCUUAUUAGUAUUGGGUGGAAUAAUGAAUUGGUGAUGCAUCAGUUGCUUCAAAAGAUGGGAAGAUUCGAAGUACGUGAAGAAUCACCUAAGAAGCCAUGGAAACAAAGCCGAUUAUGGUGUCAUGAGGAGUCACUGGAAGUGUUGAAAGAAAAAAAGGCUAAGGAAAAGGUUAUAGGUCUUGCUCUUGACAUGAAAAUGCUAGAGCAGCAAAAGUUUCGUGAGACAUUUGUGUUAAAAACAGAUGCAUUGAGUAAGAUGCAUAAGAUGAAGCUACUACAACUCAAUUACGUGCAAAUCAAUGGAUCUUAUGAGGACUUUCCAGGACAAUUAAGAUGGUUGUGUAUGCAUGGGUUUCCUUCAAACUCUAUACCUCAAGACUUAAACAUGGAGAAUCUGGUUGCUCUCGACAUGUCAUAUAGCAAAAUCAAAUCAUUUGGUAUUUGUAAUAGUAAUCAACAACAAUUUGAGAGUACACAAAAGUUGACUGAAUCAUCCUCAAAAGACAAAACGUUGCUUAGAUCAUUAAAGAUUUUAAAAUUAAAUUUCUGUAAAGAGCUUCAAUGUCUGGGCAGCUUUGAUGAACUACCAUCACUUGAGAGAUUAAUAGCUACAAAUUGCACCAGUUUGCUGGAAGUUUGUGAAUCAAUUAAGACAUGUAUCGAACUUGUCCUCAUUGAUUUAAGAUAUUGUGAAAAGCUUGAAAAACUUCCAACAGCUAUAGACAUGUUAAAAAAGGUUAAAACACUAUUGCUUGAUGGUUGUAGUCUUAGUGGAUCAAGAAUCGAGACUGGGAAUAUGGAUUCACUAGAAAUGCUCAAGGCUAACAACACUGACAUAAACACAAUAACCUCUUCCUCCACCAUUCCUGAGGCUACACCUAUACCAAUUAAUUUGGAUUUUACAGCGAUUUCUAUACCGAAAUCUUUAGUAAAAUUGUCACUUGCAAAUAAUAAUUUGUCCACUGAGUCCUUUCCCAUAGACUUCAGUUGGUUAUCUAAGUUGGAAGAACUAUAUUUAGAUGACAAUCCUAUCAUUUCCCUCCCCAAUUGUGUGAGAAGCCUUCCUGUGCUUAAGAAACUUGGUAUAAGUAACUGUAAAAGGCUGAUGUCAAUUGAGCAUCUUCCACACACACUAAGAGAGUUGACACUGUAUUCGAUUUAUAAACCUUCUCUAAGAAAAGUUGUAUUUCUUCCAGAAAUGUCCCCACUCCGGUUACUAAUAGAGUGGAAAUCAUUUGCACCUUCAUCUUUUGAAUUUGAAGGCAUGAUCAAAGUCCAACCGAUUGUAGCUGUUGAGGAAAAGUUGUUAAGUAGUUUGGGCUGGACUAAGCUAGACUUCCUUAACAAACAGUGCAUUGAAACUCCUAACUUGAAUAGAGAAUCAGGGAAAUCUGAAAUCCAGAUGUAUCAUCAAUUUGGAAUAUUCAGCACAAUUUAUGGAGCUGAAGAUAUGCCGAGUUGGAUUACGGAUAUAAGCCAAGGGCAAUCAAUAUCAUUUACAAUCCCAUCAUCUUCUAAAAACCUCACGGGAUUAAAUUUCUGCUGUGUACAACACAUGUUUCUAUUUCAAGAAGACGAUUUCUUCUAUUUGCCAAUGAUGAUAAUUACUAAUAAAACAAAGUCCUACACCUGGAUGUAUCAACAUUACAUUGACAAAGUGAGUGUAGGUGGGGAGUUUUUAGUACUAUUAAGCCAUUGGAUGUUUGGAAAGAAUGAGAUGGAAGAUGGUGAUGAGGUUACUGUUACUGUAACAGAGGAACCUGGACAAACUAGGGUGGAGUGUGGGGUGAGUUUUGUGUAUGAUAAUGGAAAGACUGAUGAAGAAGAAGAAAAUGUGUUGGGUUAUUACAAGUCAUGGAAUCAUAUCAUUGGUGGAGAUCUUUCUCCUUUUGAAACAACAAAGGGAGAAUACAUCUUAAACACCAGGCGAUUUAUGAUGCAUGCAGAUGAAGUGAAUUAUGAUCAUCAAUUUGUUGGAGAAGACUCCAGCUUUAAAGAACGAAACGUGUGGUUUAGAGCUUUAUCCCAAAGGAAGUCUCACUCUCACAUACUUGAUUAAAGUCGGGAGAUUCAAGAGGUUGAUUGAUCAAAGUGAUUUGUGGACUUCAUUUGAUGAAAGACAUUAGGUUCGAUGUGUUCAUGCUUUAGGAACCACAAUCUAUUUUCUGAUUUACUUUUUGUUCACGAAAUGUGUGGUAUCUGAUGCUACUAAAUGCUCAAGCAUUCUCAUCACUUCAUAUG